GACUGGCAGCCACCUUUUGCAUGUGAUGUGCAAAAUUUUCGAUUUACCCCACGAGUUCAGCGCUUGAAUGAAUUGGAGGCAAUGACUAGAGUGAAGCUGGACUUCUUAGAUCAACUGGCAAAAUUUUGGGAACUUCAAGGGUCUACGCUAAAAAUUCCAGUGGUGGAGAGAAAAAUACUGGAUCUUUACUCACUGAGCAAGAUUGUUGCUAGCAAAGGAGGCUUUGAAGUGGUCUCUAAAGAGAAAAAAUGGUCUAAAGUGGCUAACCGACUUGGUUACAUGCCAGCAAAGACAACAGGCUCACUCUUGAAGUCACACUAUGAACGGAUCCUGUAUCCAUAUGAGCUUUUCCAGUCUGGUGUCAGCCUUAUGGGCAUCCAAAAGCCAAACUUGGACCUUAAGGAAAAAGUGGAGGUUGAGGACCUCGGCAUUGAUGCCCAGUCUCCCCCAAAGCAGGGUACAAGAAUGAACGUUGUGCUGAAGAGAACCAGACGUGUCAAGUCCCAGGCAGAGGCAGGAGAGAUGAGUAGAAACACAGAACUGAAGAAGCUCCAGAUCUUUGGAGCAGGACCAAAAAUGAUGGGAUUGGCAUUGGGAACAAAGGAAAAAGAAGAUGAAUUACCUCGAAGACGCAAAGGUACACAGUCAGAAGCAUUUAGCAUGCAGAUGAGGCAGAGGAAAGGGGCACUUUCCGUCAACUUUGUUGAUCUGUAUGUAUGCUUGUUUUGUGGUCGGGGAAACAACGAGGACAAAUUGCUACUGUGUGAUGGGUGUGAUGACAGCUACCAUACCUUUUGUUUAAUACCCCCUUUGCCUGAUGUGCCGAAAGGUGACUGGAGAUGCCCCAAAUGUGUUGCUGAGGAGUGCAAUAAACCACGUGAAGCCUUUGGAUUUGAGCAGGCUGUUCGGGAGUACACCCUCCAGAGUUUUGGUGAGAUGGCAGACAACUUCAAAUCUGAUUAUUUCAACAUGCCAGUCCAUAUGGUUCCCACUGAAUUGGUAGAGAAAGAAUUUUGGCGGCUGGUGAGCAGCAUUGAGGAGGAUGUAAUUGUGGAGUACGGAGCUGACAUUUCAUCCAAAGACUUUGGAAGCGGUUUCCCUAUAAAGGAUGGGAGGAGAAAAUUAAUGCCAGAAGAGGAGGAGUAUGCUCUUUCUGGAUGGAAUCUCAACAACAUGCCAGUACUGGAACAAUCUGUCCUCGCUCAUAUCAAUGCUGAUAUUUCUGGCAUGAAGGUGCCUUGGCUUUAUGUGGGGAUGUGCUUCUCCUCUUUCUGCUGGCACAUUGAGGAUCAUUGGAGCUAUUCUAUCAACUACCUUCAUUGGGGAGAACCAAAGACAUGGUAUGGAGUACCAUCUCAUGCAGCUGAACAAUUGGAAGAAGUGAUGAGGGAGUUAGCUCCUGAGUUGUUUGAGACUCAGCCUGAUCUUUUACACCAGCUGGUCACCAUCAUGAAUCCUAAUGUGCUUAUGGAACAUGGAGUGCCUGUGUUCCGGACCAACCAGUGUGCUGGCGAGUUUGUUGUGACUUUUCCACGUGCCUAUCACUCUGGAUUCAAUCAAGGCUACAACUUUGCUGAAGCUGUGAAUUUUUGCACUGCUGACUGGCUUCCGAUAGGGCGGCAGUGUGUAAACCAUUAUCGACGAUUGAGGCGUCAUUGUGUGUUCUCUCAUGAAGAGCUAAUCUUCAAGAUGGCGGCAGACCCUGAAUGCUUGGAUGUUGGACUGGCUGCCAUGGUCUGCAAGGAAAUGACUCUUAUGACAGAAGAGGAGACACACUUAAGGGAGUCUGUUGUGCAGAUGGGGGUGCUGAUGUCAGAGGAGGAGGUUUUUGAGCUGGUUCCAGAUGAUGAGCGUCAAUGUGUGGCCUGUAGAACCACAUGCUUCUUGUCGGCUCUUACGUGUUCCUGUAACCCUGAGCGGCUUGUGUGCUUGUAUCAUCCAAAUGAUUUGUGUUCAUGCUCUAUGCAGAACAAAUGUCUAAGAUACCGGUAUCCAUUAGAGGAUUUCCCUUCCUUGCUGUAUGGCGUAAAAGUCAGAGCACAGUCCUAUGAUACAUGGGUCAGUCGUGUUACAGAGGCACUCUCUGCCAACCUCAGUCACAAAAAAGAUGUGAUUGAGCUGAGAGUGAUGUUGGAAGAUGCUGAAGAUAGAAAGUAUCCAGAGAAUGAUCUCUUCCGCAAGCUCAAAGAUGCUGUGAAAGAAGCAGAGACUUGUGCUUCAGUAGCCCAGCUGCUCCUGAGUAAAAAACAAAAGCACAGGUUAAGCCCAGAUACUGGGAGAACACGGACUAAGCUGACUGUGGAAGAACUGAAAGCUUUUGUCCAACAACUGUUUAGUCUUCCUUGUGUCAUUAGUCAAGCUCGGCAAGUAAAGAACUUGCUGGAUGAUGUUGAAGAAUUUCAUGAACGUGCUCAGGAGGCCAUGAUGGAUGAAAUCCCAGACUCAUCCAAGUUACAGAUGUUGAUAGAUAUGGGCACUGGCCUCUAUGUGGAACUUCCUGAAUUGCCUCGACUGAAGCAAGAGCUGCAGCAAGCACGUUGGCUGGAUGAAGUGCGAGCAACACUUUCAGAUCCUCAGAGAGUCACCUUGGAUGUGAUGAAAAAGCUGAUUGACUCAGGAGUGGGGCUGGCACCACAUCAUGCAGUGGAGAAAGCCAUGGCUGAAUUACAGGAGCUACUUACAGUCUCUGAGAGGUGGGAGGAGAAAGCCAAAGUCUGUCUCCAAGCAAGGCCUCGACAAAGCAUAGCAGCUUUGGAGAGCAUUGUUAGUGAAGCAAAGAAUAUCCCAGCCUACUUGCCUAAUGUGCUGGCCUUGAGAGAAGCCUUGCAGCGAGCUCGAGAUUGGACAGCCAAAGUGGAGGCUAUUCAGAAUGGUAGCAACUAUGCAUAUCUAGAGCAACUAGAGAAUUUGUCUGCAAAAGGUCGCCUGAUACCUGUCCGCCUUGAUGCAUUGCCACAAGUCGAUUCACAGGUUGCAGCAGCCCGUGCUUGGAGAGAACGCACAGGCAGAACGUUCCUUAAGAAGAACUCAAGCUACACACUCUUGCAGGUUUUGAGCCCCCGAACUGAUAUUGGUGUUUAUGGGAGCAGUAAAAAUAGGCGAAAAAGAGUAAAGGAGCUGAUUGAGAAGGAGAAAGAAAAGGAUCUUGACAUGGAAUCCCUGAGUGAACUUGAAGAUGGGCUGGAAGAGACGAGGGACACUGCAGCUGUGGUGGCUGUCUUCAAGGACCGUGAACAGAAGGAGGUUGAAGCCAUGCAUGCCCUCAGGGAAGCCAACCUGGCGAAAAUGACUAUGGUGGAUCGCAUUGAGGAAAUCAAGUUCUGCAUCUGCCGCAAAACAGCUAGUGGGUUCAUGCUCCAGUGUGAACUCUGCAAGGACUGGUUUCACAGUACUUGUGCGCCCCUCCCAAAAACCAGCACCCAAAAGAAGGGCUCCAGUUGGCCUGCCAAAGAAGUCAAGUUCCUGUGUCCACUUUGCAUGCGUUCUCGGAGGCCCAGGCUUGAGACCAUCUUAUCAUUAUUAGUGUCUUUGCAAAAGCUGCCGGUUAGGCUGCCAGAGGGUGAGGCAUUACAAUGCUUGACUGAGCGGGCUAUGAGUUGGCAAGACCGAGCAAGGCAAGCUCUGGCUACUGAUGAACUGUCCUCUGCAUUAGCCAAGCUUUCAGUACUAAGCCAGCGUAUGGUGGAACAGGCUGCCCGAGAAAAAACUGAGAAAAUAAUCAGUGCAGAGCUUCAGAAAGCAGCAGCUAAUCCUGAUCUACAGGGUCACUUGACUAGUUUUCAGCAAUCUGGCUUUAACCGUGCAAUGAGUAGUGUGUCAUCAUCUCCACAUCAAACUCUGGAUUAUGAUGAUGAGGAGACAGAUUCAGAUGAAGACAUUAGGGAAGCAUAUGGUUAUGAUAUAAAGGACAAUGCCAGUGUAAAAUCAUCUAGUAGUUUGGAGCCAAACCUCUUCUGUGAUGAAGAAAUUCCAAUCAAAUCUGAAGAAGUUGUAACACACAUGUGGACAGCCCCCUCCUUCUGUGCUGAACAUGCAUAUUCAUCAGCUUCCAAAAGCUGCUCUCAAGCUUCCAAUACCCCAAGGAAACAACCCCGUAAAAGUCCUCUAGUGCCUCGUAGUUUAGAACCUCCUGUACUUGAAUUGUCUCCUGGAGCAAAAUUACAACUAGAAGAUCUAAUGAUGAUAGGAGACCUUCUAGAGGUAUCGCUGGAUGAGACCCAGCACAUCUGGCGCAUCUUACAAGCAACUCAUCCACCAUCUGAGGACAGAUUUCUUCAUAUCAUGGAGGAUGACAGCAUGGAUGAAAAGCCUUUGAAAAUGCGGGGAAGAGAUUCUUCUGAGAGGAAGCGCAAGCGCAAGCUAGAGAAAGCAGAGCAGCUCUUUGUUGAAAUGAAGCAGAAAUCUAAAGAACUGAAAAAAUUGGAAAAACCCAAGAAGAAAAAGCUAAAACUGACCAUGGACAAGACAAAGGAGCUAAACAAGCUGGCCAAGAAACUGGCUAAAGAGGAAGAGCGGAAAAAGAAGCGUGAAAAGGCAGCUGCAGCAAAGGUGGAGCUGGUGAAAGAGUGCACAGAAAAGAAGAGGGAGAAGAAAGUCCUGGAUAUUCCCUCCAAGUAUGACUGGUCAGGAGCUGAGGAGUCGGAUGAUGAGAAUGCAGUGUGUGCUGCACAGAAUUGCCAGAGGCCCUGCAAAGACAAGGUAGACUGGGUGCAGUGCGAUGGUGGCUGUGAUGAGUGGUUUCAUCAAGUUUGUGUUGGUGUCUCUCCAGAAAUGGCAGAGAGCGAAGAUUAUAUCUGUAUAAACUGUGCAAAGAAACAGAUGCAGGGGCGAGGUAGUCCAACACAUGCACCACCACCUCAUUUCCUGGUCACCUACAAACUACCCAUGGAGGAUUUCAAGGAGACAAGUUAGCAGCUGCUUGGUCUUGCUGGGACUUUAGGGAAAUGGAACUCAAAGAAGGUGGUGUGAAGCUAACAUAGCCACUCGGAAUGCUGCACUUCUGCGGACGUACAGCCCCAUAGCGGAGCUGGCCCCAUAUAGCUGGCUUCUCUUACAUGAAGGGGAUGUCGUGGGCACAGGGAUAUUAACCCAGCUAUGCAGAUAACACCCCGUUGGAUGUCCCAGACAAUACUUUUACUCCCGUGUUUCCUAAGAAAGGCUGAGUGUAGCUUCUGCCUUCAGACUAAGCAGAUGUGAGGCCCAUGGACUAUGUGCAUUGCUGCCUCGGUUAUUUAAAUUUGGUGGCAUUGUUGAGAAUCUUGAGCCCCAUGAGUUUGCCCCAUACUGGAAGGUGGAUUAGGUAAUGAAGGCUCCCUUUUGGCAACUUCACGAUGCUGAGGCACCAAGGCUAGGUUGUGUGGAUAAGGAAUCACCUUUAAGCACCAUGUAGGAGGGGACAUGAAUGGGUGGAAAAAAUUAGUUCCUGUUUUGAUAGAAGGCAAAGGAGUUUUAGAUCUUGAAAACAUUGGUUUUAUGUUUAUCCUAAUUGCUUUGGGGUGAUUUCCCUUCUUUGGGAAGACUCAUGCAUACAUUAACAUGUAACUGAGGUAUCCUUGGCAAAACACUCCUCCUCGCACUUGCAGCCAUUUUCCUCUGUCUUAGGCAUAUCAAUACCCUGUCACCAAAUUGUCUGAAGCCAAGUGCAGCUGGUAAAGUGGUCAUCAUGAAUACAUGGGAGCAGUCCAGCUUUUUCAGAAUUUCACACUGACAUGCUUCUAUGAAAAUUUCAACUCACAAGUAUUCCCAACAUAGUUAUAGUUUCACAGUACUAAAAAGCAGUCCACAGAUGCAGAUUGCACCGUGCUUCUCUGCCUUUAGGUUUCGAUAGAUUAAAAGCCUGCACUUGGCUACAAAUCCAGUUUGACAUUUCCCCCUUGCAUUUCUGCAAAACAAAUGGCUUGGGGAUGUGUGUCCUGGGUAACCAUUGUUUUAGUAAACCCAUUUUUAAAAAAGGACUGGUUUUUACUUUUUUCUAUUUCUUGGACUACUGACUUGUUCUAUAAAAAAAAGAUUAUUUUUCUUUGUUUUUAUACUUAACCAAGGUUACCAGCAGCACAGAAAAGAAAGAGAGGCUCACUAAUUGAAAACCUGCCUGCAGGCUUGGUUUUUUUACUUCAUUCCUUCCUUGUAGUACAAGGAACUUAGCCAUUACUUCCCACAUCCUUGCUCCACCUGCUGCCUGUGUUUUAAAUAGGUAAAAAAUAAUAAUAAUUUCAUGUGCUACCUUCACAUUGGGGUUUGUUCUGUUAGCAAGGCAUCUUGAUCCUUGCAGUCUCCCAGUUUAUGCUGUAAGUUAGUGGCUGAAACUGGUCAUAGUGGUGUCUCCCCAUCCCUCAUUAUCUAUUGUGUUUCCAUUCUUCUACAGUUCUAUAAGUGUUGUAAUGAUAGUGUCCAGUCUUAUUAGAUGCAGGGGUUGGGAUUUUCUAAAAGAUAAAAUAUGUAGUGUUCUGCCUUGA